AUGGGUCAAUCAUUUGCUUCAUUAGUUCCAACAGUGGCAGCUGCAGAAUCCGCUAUUAGAUCAGCCAUUUUUGUUAUUACUUUUCGAGUCCGAGGGACUAUUGCUGUCAAAUCUAUAAAUUGCAUUCAAGUGAGAUUUAGUUCAACAGAUAUGCUGGAUAGAAAGAUGCUAUUUGCUGCUAUUCCAUCUAUUUGUGCAUCAAGUCCGAAGAAGAUCUCAAUCUAUAAUGAAGAAAUGAUAGUAGCUCGUUGUUUUAUAGGCUUUCUCAUAUUCAGUCGUAAGAGUUUAGGUAAGACUUUCAAAGUCACUCUCGACGGGAGAAUAGAGUCUAUUCAGGAAGAAUCGCAGCAAUUCUCCAAUCCUAACGAAGUCAUUCCUCCGGAAUCGAAUGAACAACAACGAUUACUUAGGAUCAGCUUGCGAAUUUGCGGCACCGUAGUAGAAUCAUUACCAACGGCACGCUGUGCGCCUAAGUGCGAAAAGACAGUGCAAGCUUUGUUAUGCCGAAACCUAAAUGUAAAGUCAGCAACACUUCUAAAUGCCACUUCUUCCCGUCGCAUCCGUCUUCAGGACGAUAUAGUCACAGGUUUUCACUUCUCAGUGAGUGAAAGAUUUGUCCCCGGGUGUACGUUGAAAGCUUCUAUCGUAGAACUAAUUCGAGAGGGCUUGGUAGUCUUAAGAAAGGUUCGGGUGGGGGGUUCCAUUUGUUAAGAAUAAAGAAGAGGAAUAGAAUCUAAUUAAAGUGUUCAUGCUAACAGAAGAGCGGAUCCAAU